UUAUCGUGGCCUCGGGUCGGCCGUCGUGGCCUCUGCUCCUUCCGCGUCGCUGUUUUUUGUCACCUACGACGCUCUCAAACACAGCCUCAUAAACAACGGCACUCCCGCCGCCCUGUCACACAUGGCUGCCGCUUCGUGCGGAGAAGUCGCCGCGUGCAUGGUGAGAGUUCCCGCCGAGGUGAUCAAACAGCGGACCCAGUCGAUGCAGUUCCGCACCUCUGCACAGGCACUGCGCCACAUCCUCGGAAACGUUUCUGGCGAGGGCGUCCUCAACGGCCUCUACCGCGGGUGGAGCACCACGAUCAUGCGCGAGAUCCCGUUCACAAUCAUCCAGUUUCCCUUAUACGAGUACCUCAAGACGCUGUGGGGCGCAGACGGCGCGCUUUCGCCGGCCAGGGGAGCCGUGUGCGGGUCUGUGGCUGGAGGCGUGGCUGCGGCAGCAACCACGCCGCUGGACCUGCUCAAGACACGGCUCAUGCUGAGCCACGGCAAGGUGGGUGUGUGGAAGCUGGCGCGGCAAAUUGCCCGCGACGAGGGCUACUCGGCCUUUCUCCGCGGCAUCGGCCCGCGAACCAUGUGGAUCAGCGCCGGGGGCGCUAUUUUCCUCGGGGUCUACGAAAACGUGCGGGCCCUCCUAGACAAGAACCUAUAGAUUAUCAUAAAAAGCGCUCUAUUCGACGUCCAUCGCGAACUUAAAGCCUGUGCUCUGCUGCGUAAGCGACUUCCACAGAUUUUUGUGCUGUUUCAGCUGCUUUCCGUUGAGUUGCAGCAGUCGCUCGAAUAUCUCGUAGAUCGGCAGCUGCACGUCCAGCUCGCCGAUAUCGUCGUUCGACUCGACCUGGCCGACUUUCUCGAGCAGCCGGGCAUCCAUCUCGCCCGCAGCAACGCACCGCCUCACAAACUCCAGCACCGUUGCCGGAUGGAAGCCCGAGACCUGGUCCUGCUUGUUGCGGAAAAACCGUGCCACCUCCUCCAGCUUGCACUCGGGAACAAAAUUCGCCGUCAGGGCAACUGUGUCCUCCAGGUUGAUGACCGUGUGCCACCAGCCAGCAGGAACAUGCAGACACUCUCCAGGAAAUGUGAUGCCAAUGGCGCAACGCUGCUCUGCUCUGGUGACCUUGAGAGUGUCAUUGAAAAACCCGGAUAGCACCCACUCUGCAAGGCCCAGCGGAGACGUCACCUCGCUCUCGUCCUCGUUGGUGUGCACGCCCGGCGGAGUCACCUCGGGCGGGAGCAUGAUCCACAGCUUCGAGCCGUCCAGCACCGUGUUCCACGCAGACGUGUUGUUGGGGUCCUUGUGGAACGUCGAGCCCGACCGGUGCGGGCCCACAAUCAGCCACGUGUGGUCGGGACGGCACGAGUGGCCGUGGCGCGUGAACACGUCAAACAUGUCCUCCGAAAAAACGCCCGGACGCACAAACUCUGUCUUGAGUUGUUUCAUGGCCUCGGAGCUGCAGUCAAACAGAUACAGCGGGCUUUCGUCCUGGUUGCUGGCGCAGUACUCGGCGUACAGUUUUAGCGACCACUGCACACACUCCUGGCGGAAAACGGUGUCGGGAAAGCGGGCUGUGAGGGUGUCUAUUGUCCACGCUGGCCAGCGAGCAGGAUCGGAGGACUUGAGGAUGAACGGGCGGUCGUGGAAACGCGAGGAGAAGAGCGAUGGGGUCAUGGUAUCCUCGUCAAGCCGCGGAAUGGAGAGAUCGUAUGGAAUAUUGACCGAGGCCGGCAGGACCUGGUGUCUGCGCUGGUUUUCUGCAAUUAUGAUAUUUUCGAAGAGCCGAGAAUAGUCGACCUGGGAAUUUUGAUACGGAACAAAUAGCAAGUCUGAGUGCACGAUGCUGCAGUCUAUGGCGCUCUGCCUGCAUCUGAGAACGCUCUCUUUCCAGCUUCCCAGCCAGCGGUCGAACUUCUCGCCCUUAAGAUAUAUCUGCUUCCAUAGCUCAUCAGAGCUGGUAAAGGCGUAGAAAAAUCGGGACACACACAUCACAUGGCCCAGCCGAAAUCCUACGUCGGAUUCGACACGAUCACCACGCAGAUCGAAAACAGACUUCUUAAACGGGGCUUCACGCUGAAUGUUAUGGUUGUUGGCCACUCUGGCCUGGGAAAGAGCACGCUGGUCAACACGCUGUUUGCACAGCAUGUGAUUGACUCGAGCGGCAGAAAAACGAUCUACGAGCCGGUCGACAAGACCUGCGAGGUGAAGGUUACGUCUCAGACUCUGGUGGAGAAUAACGUCAAGCUGGCCCUGAACGUGAUCGACACGCCAGGAUUUGGCGACCAAGUGAACAACGAAAAGUGCUGGGAGCCGAUUCUAAAGUACAUCAAGGACCAGCAGAACCAGUACCUUAGAAAAGAACUGAACGCCACGAGAGAAACAUACAUCAAAGACACUAGAGUCCACUGCAUUCUCUACUUCAUCGAGCCGACGAACUACGGGCUCAAGAAACUGGACAUCAUUGCGUUGAGAAAAUUGACAGAGGUCUCCAACGUGGUGCCGGUGAUCGCCAAGGCAGACACCUUGACCCUGGAGGAAAGAGCCAACCUCAAGUCCGUUCUGCAGGAACAGUUCAAAUACUACAACUUCAGAAUGUAUCCGUACGAGUUCAGCCUGGGCGAGGACGGCCUCACUGCCGAAGAGAGACAAUUGAACAGCGACAUCCAGUCGCUCUUGCCUUUUGCCAUUAUUGGCUCCGAGAACAUCAUCACCACUCCAUCCGGGGAGGUUAUUCGCGGGAGAAGAACCAAGUGGGGUCUCAUCAACGUCGAGGACGUCACUCAGUGCGAGUUUGUCUAUCUGAGAGACUUCCUGACCAGGACACAUCUCCACGACCUGAUCGAGACCACUGCCUACGUCCACUACGAGAGUUUCAGAACCAAGCAGCUCACCGCUCUCAGAGAGAACGUGGGGGCAAGAAACACGCAGUACCAGCCGCAGGGCCCUGUUCCGGCCCCUGCGCCCGGCCCUGGCCCGUCCAUGGUGGGAGGAAUUCCUCAAAUGUCUUGAAAGUGCAAUUUUUUUCUAGUGAGAAUAAUUAAAGUUAAGGUGCUAAAUGUCCCAGCUCUUGAGACUCCUGCUCGUCCAGCUGUUCGUCCUGCUUGAUCUCCUGCAACGACUCUGGCCGCUCGGCCUGGUCUCUGCUGGCAAUGUAGUUUUCCAGCUCCGAGCCGUCGUCGAAGGCGGCCGUAAACGGGAUUUUGGUCAGCGACGAGGGCAACGACGUUCUUGCACUAAACGAGCGUGUAGGCUUCUGUCUUGCGGCAGAUUUCUCCCACGGGAAGAUCGGGUGUGUACUUGCGUAGUCGUCCUGCGGGCUUUCAACGUCCAAUUGCGAAAGCGAGUGGACCAGCUCUCUGGUGUCAUUUUCCUCCUCCGACAAGCUAGCGUCCUCCCAUUUGUUUGGUCCCCGCGACUCGUUCAGCUUCCAGGCUUCUCCUCGGUUCUCCUCGUACUUUUCUGGCUCCGAUUCCGGCUCCUUGUAGUAGUAUUGGUGGUGAACAACGGGUGGCGGUGGUUGGGGUUCCACUGCAGCUUCAACAGCCUCAACACGGUCUGGAUCUGGCGCUUCGGUGAUUUGAGGGGCCUCGGUCCGAAAACGUGCGUCUUCCUCGAUCGAUUCAUAGACGUCAUGCCAAAUUUGGUAGACGUUCUUGUUGUCUGCAACUUUGAACAGUGAAGGGUCCCUGCGCAACUGGCUGGCAAAGGUCGGGUCCCACGGCUUCUUGGCGCCAAUGAAAUGAAAAAGCUUGAUGUCGUGGAAGUAGCGCUGCAGAGCCGGCAAGUACUCGUAGUGCGAGUUCAGCGUGCAGUUGUAUAUGAACGGCAGUCGCAGCCAGCGCGAGAUGCCACCGUGGUACAGGUCUGGGUUGAAGUAGUGGUUUAGCAGGCCCUGAUCGGCGCCGUCAAACGACUCUGUCGACUCAUACAGGUCCAUCAAUUCCUGAAAUACAGUCAUGUUCGGUUGCAGCACCAUAAACCCGGAAUUGAACAGGUCCGGCCAGCCGCAAUCGGGCGCCGCCAUGACCUGCGAAGCGUCAAAAUUGCGCGCAAACAAAUGGUCUAGGUUUUGCAAGGGCAAAGUGUCUGCGUCGAGAUAAACGAGCUUCGAGUACUCCACCAGUCGCCAUAGGUUGAUUUUGGAAAGGGUGUAUGCCAGGUCCGGCCGAUUAAGGACAGAUUCUAGUGUGUGGGGGGAGUUGGAAACAAGGAUGUUGUCGUCAAUGCUGAUGAGGUCCGAAAACAGCUUGUAGGCGGUCAGCAAGGCAAUUGUGUCUUUGUUGACGUUUUUGGCCGAGUAAAGGAGAAUCACGGGGAAUUGGGCAUUUGUGUUGGAGAGGGCCUUGCGGACAGCAAGGACUCCUGGUAGAUAUGUGUUGUCGAGCAGGAGAAGAGCGUAGGCCGACAUGGGGAGCGCAAAAAAGGAAGGCUAUAAGUACGAGAGGUGGUUGUUUUAAUAGCUAAAUUAAUUUGUAGCAGCUUUGUGUGGGGUGGAAAUCCCAGCGCGCCGGUCGACGCGACGGUUUGCCCACUUGUGGACUCAACAUGACACUGUGUGCGUUAUUUUAAAUGUCCGCUCUUGUUUCUUGCCUAUUUAGGCGAGCUGUCGCAUGUGGUAUUAUGCAUGCAGAAAAUUACAACCACAUGGAGAGAAAAAGUAUGAGAACAGGCAGCGGUGUCAGUGCAGAGUCAAGUGGUUCUCGAUUGUAGCCGAACCAGCUCCUCUAGAUAUGCCUCGUCCACAUCGAAGAAGCCGGGGUUUUUCCAGAACAAGUAUCGCAACAGUUCGCGGAGCUGUUUUUGGUCGACAGCCUUCCCAGUACUUUUUUCAAACUCGCGCACCAGAUACCGGAUUUUUUCCAGCUCGCCUUGGUCGACCACGUUUCGCAACUCCAUCACGUCUUCAGGCCCACAGUCGUUACUGCCACUGCCCUGCUGUCCAAUCAGGACCUGGUAUCUGUUGCGUGCGGCCAGAAAAGUGCCCACAUUUGCGAGCUCGGCAAUCUCCACCCAUGAUUUUCCAGCCUUCUUAAGGUCGAUGAUCAUCUGGUCCUGUUCCUUGGUAAAUUUUGACUUGCGCUUUGCUCGUCGAGUCGGCUGUCGGCGUAAUGACUCGGGCGACGGCUCCAGCUUGUCGAAAGGCGGCGUCGGUAAUUGUUGCGACAGCUUGUAAGCCAGUGGCGAGAUCCCAUGGGUCUGGAUUGUGAUUGGCUUGGGCGGAGGAGGCUGCGGAGCCAUGAUAAGCGGAGGUUGCGGGGGGAAGUACGUCUGCGGCGAUCGUUGGUAUUGAAACGGAGUGUAAGGAUAGCUGAUUUGCUGUGGCUGGGGUUGGUUUUGCCCGACCCGGUACGGGGGAAAUUGGGAGGCGUACUGGUUUUGGACGUUGUGGCCCCUGUUAUCAGCUGGAUGGCUAAUAUUUCGGUCCAUACUUCAUUUCG